AUGCCCCUUAUUCAUCGGAAAAAGCCGACAGAGAAACCGUCCGAGGAAGAGGUACCCGAUGAUGAGGAUUCUCAAAAGAAACCUCAUGAAUCUUCGAAAACUCAUAAGAAAUCGAGCGGAGGAGGAGUCGACAAGGGGAAGUGGUCAUGCGUUGAUUCAUGUUGCUGGUUCAUCGGGUGUGUGUGCGUCACAUGGUGGUUCCUUCUCUUCCUAUACAACGCUAUGCCUGCGAGCUUUCCUCAGUAUGUAACGGAAGCGAUCACGGGUCCUCUGCCCGAUCCGCCCGGCGUGAAGCUGAAGAAAGAAGGUCUCAAGGCGAAGCAUCCCGUUAUCUUCAUUCCCGGAAUUGUCACUGGAGGGCUUGAGCUUUGGGAAGGCAAACAAUGCGCAGAUGGUUUGUUUAGAAAACGUUUGUGGGGUGGAACUUUCGGUGAAGUCUACAAAAGGCCUCUAUGUUGGGUGGAACACAUGUCACUUGACAACGAAACCGGGAUGGAUCCUGCUGGUAUCAGAGUUAGAGCUGUAUCAGGACUCGUGGCUGCUGAUUACUUUGCCCCUGGGUACUUUGUCUGGGCAGUACUGAUUGCUAACCUUGCACAUAUUGGAUAUGAAGAGAAAAACAUGUACAUGGCUGCAUAUGACUGGAGGCUUUCGUUUCAGAACACAGAGGUGCGAGACCAGACACUUAGCCGUAUGAAAAGUAACAUAGAGUUGAUGGUUUCUACUAACAGUGGAAAAAAGGCAGUAAUAGUUCCACAUUCCAUGGGGGUCUUGUAUUUUCUACAUUUUAUGAAAUGGGUUGAGGCACCAGCUCCUAUGGGUGGCGGGGGUGGGCCCGAUUGGUGUGCAAAGUAUAUAAAGGCUGUGAUGAACAUUGGUGGACCAUUUCUUGGUGUUCCAAAAGCUGUUGCAGGGCUUUUCUCUGCUGAAGCUAAGGAUGUUGCAGUUGCCAGAGCGAUUGCCCCAGGGUUCUUAGACACCGAUAUAUUUAGACUUCAGACACUGCAGCAUGUAAUGAGAAUGACACGCACAUGGGACUCAACAAUGUCUAUGAUACCUAAGGGAGGUGACACAAUAUGGGGUGGUCUUGAUUGGUCACCGGAGAAAGGCCACACCUGUUUUGGGAAAAAGCAAAAGAGCAACGGGACUCGUGGUGAAGAUGGUGAAAAUUCAGUUUCCAAGACAAAACCUGUUAACUACGGAAGAAUUAUAUCGUUUGGGAAAGAAGUGGCAGAGGCUCCGCCAUCUGAAAUUAAAAAUAUUGAUUUUCGAGGUGCGGUCAAAGGUCAGAGUGUCCCAAAUAAUACCUGUCGUGAUGUGUGGACAGAGUACCAUGAUAUGGGAAUUGGAGGGAUCAAAGCUAUUGCUGAAUAUAAGGUCUAUACUGCUGAUGCAGUUAUCGAUUUACUACAUUAUGUAGCUCCCAAGAUGAUGGCACGUGGUUCCGCUCAUUUCUCCUACGGAAUUGCUGAUGAUUUGGAUGACCCCAAGUACCAACAUCACAGACACUGGUCAAAUCCGUUGGAAACGAAAUUACCGAAUGCUCCUGAAAUGGAAAUCUUCUCAUUGUAUGGAGUUGGUAUACCAACCGAAAGAUCAUACGUCUACAAGCUAAACCAGUCUCCUGACAGUUGUAUUCCCUUUCAAAUCUUCACUAAUGCUCAUGAGGAGGAUGAAGAUAGCUGUCUGAAAGCAGGAGUUUACAAUGUGGAUGGAGAUGAGACAGUACCUGUUUUAAGUGCCGGGUUCAUGUGUGCAAAAGCGUGGCGUGGCAAGACAAGAUUCAAUCCUUCAGGAAUCAAGACUUAUGUUAGAGAGUAUAAUCAUUCUCCACCGGCUAACCUGCUUGAAGGGCGUGGGACUCAGAGUGGGGCUCAUGUCGAUAUUAUGGGUAACUUUGCAUUGAUCGAAGAUAUCAUGAGGAUUGCCACGGGAGGUAAUGGGUCAGAUAUAGGACAUGACCAAGUCUACUCGGGUAUAUAUGAAUGGUCUGAACGCAUUGACUUGAAGCUGUGAAUAUUUUGAUCUCGUUAAGGUGUCAACUUCUAUGAAUCCAAGAGAGAUCAUCAUCAUCAUCAUUUUCAAUCAUUAUCGUCAUGAUGCUCAAGUCACAAGAAGCCUGAGAAGGACAUUUGGUGGUGCAAUAUUCUCAAUACCUUUUUUUCAUAUUCUUAUGGAUGUAAAUUAUACAAUCCUAUUUAAUGUUUCCUCCUUCGACCGAUAAUGUAAGACUUGCUGCGCCAUGUUAUUUGUCUUGUGGAAAGCA